GCCACCUCUCAUUUCUAGUUACUUGCUAACUAACUUACACCUCCUUUCUUAUUCCUAAAUCUUCGAGCCUCCUAAACUACCUAAUCUACCUCGACGUGGUAGUAGAGAGCUAUACUCCUAUCACUAGUAGGCACAUAACUAAAAAGGCACCCACCUCGAAGGAAAAAGAAGGAGAAGAGACACUUAUUCAAGAUGGCCGCUCCGGAGGUUCACCAUCUCUUCCAUCGACCUAUUGCUGACCAUUCCUUCUCGGCCGACCGCCAGACAUUGGCCGUCGCUAAGGACUCUACUAUCGAGUUAUACGGCAAAGUUGGGGGUGCUUUUAAAUUAAAAGAUGAGCUAAAAGGUCACGAUAAAACUAUCACCAGCGUCGAUAUUGCUCCAGGCAGCGGCCGAAUUGUCACGUGUUCUCAAGAUCGUAAUGCCCUGGUCUGGGAGCCCUCUCCUACUGGCUACAAGCCGACCCUAGUGCUUCUUAGAAUUGCUCGAGCGGCUACCUUCGUUCGCUGGUCUCCCUCCGAGACCAAGUUCGCUGUUGGCUCCGGUGACAGGGUCAUCGCUAUUUGCUACUUCGAGGAGGAGAACGACUGGUGGGUUUCCAAGCACUUGAAGAAGCCCAUUCGAAGCACCAUCACUAGCGUCAACUGGCAUCCUAACUCGGUGCUGCUCGCUGCCGGCUCUACCGAUGCCCACGCGAGAGUCUUCUCGAGCUUCAUCAAGGGCGUCGAUGCUCGUCCCGAGCCUAGCGUCUGGGGUGAACGGUUACCUUUCAACACCGUCUGCGGUGAGUUCUUGAACAACUCCGCCGGGUGGAUACACUCUGUCGCUUUUUCUCCGAGCGGUGACGCCCUCGCGUUCGCUGCCCAUGACAGCAGUAUUACGGUCGUCUACCCUACCGCUCCUGAGCAACCUCCGCGAGCUGUCAUUAGCGUCAACACCCAACUCCUGCCUUUCAUGAGUCUAAUUUGGAACGGCGAGAGCGAGAUCAUCGCAGCCGGAUACGAUUGCGAGGCGUUUAGAUUCAGGGGUGACGCAUCUGGAUGGCAACUGAGUGGCACUUUGGAAUCUAAGGGAGGUCCUGGUUUGGGAGAUGCGCGAGAAGAGUCUGCCUUGAAUAUGUUCAAGCAGAUGGACUUGAAAGGCAAAGCCAAAGAUGACACUCAACUAAAGACCGUUCACCAGAACACCAUUUCGACAGUCCGUGUAUACGAGUCCGAUGGCGGAGCCGUCACCAAAUUCAGCACAAGCGGCGUUGACGGUAGAAUUGUCAUCUGGCACACGUAGACUCACAGAUAAUAAACACCCGCAUCAAAUCGAUAUGUCUUAAAUCUAUCGCCUUUGUCCACACCGCCUCGUGUUUCUCCCUAGUUCUGUUCUUGUAGUUACUCGAAAGUCCCUUAGAAUAGCUCUUAGUUGUAUAAGCCUCUAGAAGCCUACAGUUCCCCUGGCCGUUGCUAUUAUUGCCGUGCUAUUAAUACCAGUAGAGCUCCAUGCGAUCCGAUUUACUAGUUCCACAUAUUGAUCAUGUUAAAU